GAAAAAAACAUCAAAAGGAAAAUGAAGUUCAAGCUAUUAGUCAUCAGCCUGUUCCUCCUAUUUGUCACUAACACUUCGGGGAUAACUACAACACUGAUGACCUCAGAGUCUAUGACAGACUCGAGUCCCAAGAUGAGCCUGAAUUCUAUGACAACCCCAAAUUCCAAGACAACUCUAAAUGCCAACACAAUCAAGACAACUUUAAAUCUCCAUAUGACCUCAACAUCCAAGACAACCUCAAAUCUCCAAAUGAUCCCAACUAUGAAGAUGGCCUCAAAAUCCAAGACAACCUCAACAUCCAAGACAACCUCAAAUCUCCAAAUGAUCCCAACUAUGAAGAUGGCCUCAAAAUCCAAGACAACCUCAACAUCCAAGACAACCUCAAAUCUCCAAAUGAUCCCAACUAUGAAGAUGGCCUCAAAAUCCAAGACAACCUCAAAAUCCAAGACAACCUCAAAUCUCCAAAUGAUCCCAACUAUGAAGAUGGCCUCAAAAUCCAAGACAACCUCAAAAUCCAAGACAACUUCAAAUCUCCAAAUGAUCCCAACUAUGAAGAUGGCCUCAAAAUCCAAGACAACCUCAAAAUCCAAGACAACUUCAAAUCUCCAAAUGAUCCCAACUAUGAAGAUGGCCUCAAAAUCCAAGACAACCUCAAAAUCCAAGACAACUUCAAAUCUCCAAAUGAUCCCAACUAUGAAGAUGGCCUCAAAAUCCAAGACAACCUCAAAAUCCAAGACAACUUCAAAUCUCCGAAUGAUCCCAACUAUGAAGAUGGCCUCAAAAUCCAAGACAACCUCAAAAUCCAAGACAACUUCAAAUCUCCAAAUGAUCCCAACUAUGAAGAUGGCCUCAAAAUCCAAGACAACCUCAAAAUCCAAGACAACCUCAAAAUCCAAGACAACUUCAAAUCUCCGAAUGAUCCCAACUAUGAAGAUGGCCUCAAAAUCCAAGACAACCUCAAAAUCCAAGACAACUUCAAAUCUCCGAAUGAUCCCAACUAUGAAGAUGGCCUCAAAUACCAAGACAACUCAGAAAACAGCAGUGAGCCCAAAGACAGCCAUGACCAGAAGUGUGAACGCUACGAAAAGUGGUAGCACAACACUGAAUCCAAUGGUCAACAUUCACUUUUUUUCUGUAUAUACUAUGCUUGCUGUUUGUGUGUGCUCAGGCUGAAGUGAACUUGAAUGGUCUGCAUUCCUAGCUCAGUUCAUUACCAUCUGCUGAAUUACCACAAGCACACUAAGAAAAUCAAAUUUAUUUCUUAGGAAAUCAUCAUUAUUCUAACUAAAUUAGUUGUAGAUUUCAAUUGUGUUAAGUUUAAUUAUUACCUUAAUAUAAUGCUUUCCUUCCUUAUAAAUGCUAAAACAAGCAAAAUACUACACAUUUGCCUUUUAAAUGUUUGCAAAAUUGAACAGAAACUCAGAUUUUUACAUUAAAAGUUCAAGAGAAGAAAUUAUGUUGGUGAUGUUUAACCAAAGUACGCAUGUGUGUGUGACAGAGGAUAGGGGAUGGGGAAUGAAGACCAGUGUGUGCUAUUUUUGUAGUGUUUUAUUUUUUAUUAAAUAGACAAUAUUAAU